AAAAUGUUUAAAACACGAAAAAAUAUAUUGUAGUGCGCGAAAAAAGCGUAAUUUUACAAAAAGUUUCACGAUGUGAGAAGUAGAGUCGCCCCAAAAUGCAGUCAAGUUCGUCGAGUAUGGCGGGCGUCGACCCCCACACGACCCAAAUGAACCAGUUCAGGAGCUACGUCACGAUGCUGGGCGACGCCAACUGCAAAGACGUCCUGAAAUUGAAAGCCACGCAAGAAAUCAGCAAAAAUUUCGAGAUCAUUCUCUCGUCGUCUCUCUAUCAAAGUUUUUUGGACCACUCGGUGAAAAUCUUCCUGAAGAUACUCGAAGAGGGCGAUCCCCAUUUCAUCGCCGAGUAUAACAUCCAACAAGUUCGCAAACUAAUCCUCGAAAUGUUGUACAGAUUGCCAACCAACGAUCUUCUGAGACCUUAUGUUAAAUCUAUUUUGUCUCUCAUGUUGCGAUUACUUGAGAUUGACAACGAAGAGAAUGUUUUAAUCUGUUUGAAAAUCAUCAUAGAGUUGCAUAAACAAUACCGGCCAGCGUUUAAUUUGGAAAUACAACAUUUCCUCCAGUUUGUUAAAUCGAUUUAUUCGGAUUUGCCCAAUCACAUGGACAAGAUUUUCGAACCUAGGGCUCCAAUCAAAGUCAAUAAUUUAAACGAACUCAACAUCGAGGAAUUACUCAAGGAGACGUUUACUAUGACGACUAUACAAACAGAGAAGAAGAAUAAAGACGACACUUUAGUCACGUAUUAUUUGAUCCCCAAAGCCGUCCUUUCGCUCAAAGUCCUCCAGGAGCUCCCCAUAAUCGUGGUCCUCAUGUACCAACUGUAUAAACAAAGCGUCCAUCAAGACGUCAGCGACUUCAUCCCCUUAAUAAUGAAGACAAUCACCUUGCAACCCAGUCUUGAGCAACGCCAAGCCCCCACGUUCAACAAAGAAAUCUUCGUGGACUUUAUGGGGGCCCAAGUGAAAACCUUAUCAUUCCUCGCUUACAUCAUCAAGUUUUACCUCGACCACGUCCAAAACCACUCCACUAUGAUGGUGCAAGGCAUGUUAGGGCUCCUGAUGUUGUGCCCCAUGGAAGUGGCUCAUCUCCGUCGCGAGUUACUCAUCGCUGCUCGACAUAUCCUCGCCACUGACUUACGAAACCGUUUUGUGCCCCACAUGGAGAAAUUAUUCGAUGAGGAUGUCCUUCUGGGACGUGGUUGGACGACACAUGAGUCGCUCCGCCCACUUGCUUACUCGACAUUGGCUGAUUUAGUGCAUCACGUGAGACAACAAUUGCCACUCAGUGAUUUAACUCGUGCUGUUCAUUUGUUUAGUAAGAAUGUGCAUGAUGAUACGUUGGCAACGACUAUACAAACAAUGUCGUGUAAACUACUCUUGAAUCUCGUCGACUGUAUUCGGUUACGUUCGGAUUCCGAGAACAGCACCGAAGGGCGGGAGUUACUCAUGCGCAUGCUUGAAGUUUUUGUUGUCAAGUUUAAAACAAUCGCCAAGAUACAACUCCCGAUUUUGACUGCAAAAUCCAAACAACAAAAUAAUAAGAGUCAAGUUGAGGUUAAGAGUGAAGAGGGGGUUCAAAACCCGGCUGAAGUACUCGAAAACGCUCUAGCGACGACUCAGAGUCGCAACGAGCAGAAAGAAGAGAAAUCAAAGUUUGGUUUCCCACAAAAUAAUAAUUACAACGUUGCUGAUUAUCAUAGUCUUGUUAAAACUCUUGUUUGUGGUGUCAAGACGAUUACGUGGGGUUGUUCGGCUUGUAAGUCGAGUUCUAGUCAUAGUUCAGUCGCGACGAAGCAUUUUCAACCCCAUGAAACACUUGUUUUUGUCAGAUUAGUCAAGUGGGCUUUAAAAGCUUUAGAUAUUUACACGUUGUAUCCCGGGCCUCAAGUGACAGGUCCCCAAAGGAUCAACCAACAAAAUGAGAGGAAUAAAGAAGAGAAGGUUGUUUUGGAGCAUUUCAGUGGAGUGUUUUCGAUGAUGAAUCCACAAACGUUUCACGAGAUUUUUUCCACCACUAUUGAGUAUUUGGUCGAAAGGGUUUACAAGAAUCCCACGUUACAAACGGUCCCGAACACUUUGCUGGCGAACCCGGCCACGAGUCCGAUUUUCGCGACUGUUUUAGUCGAAUAUUUAUUGGAACGUAUGGAGGAGAUGGGUUCGAAUCUGGAACGAAGUAAUUUGUAUUUGAAAUUAUUUAAAUUGGUGUUUGGAAGCGUUUCAUUAUUUCCUCAAGAAAACGAGAAUAUGUUAAGGCCGCAUUUACACCAAAUCGUCAACAGAUCAAUGGAAUUGGCAAUGAGUGCAAAAGAGCCCUACAAUUAUUUCCUUCUUUUGAGGGCUCUUUUCCGGUCGAUAGGUGGCGGUAGUCACGAUUUACUCUACCAGGAGUUUCUCCCUCUCUUGCCUAACCUUCUUGAAGGUUUAAACCGAUUACAAAGCGGUUUACACAAACAACACAUGAAAGAUUUAUUCGUCGAGUUGUGUUUAACCGUUCCGGUUCGGUUAAGUUCACUCUUGCCGUAUCUACCAAUGUUGAUGGAUCCAUUAGUAUCGGCUUUAAACGGUUCACAUAUUUUGAUAAGUCAAGGAUUGAGAACAUUGGAAUUGUGUGUUGAUAAUUUACAACAUGAUUUUCUCUAUGAGCAUAUACAACCGGUCAGGGCCGAUUUGAUGCAAGCAUUGUGGAGAACUUUGAGGAAUAACGACCAGGUGGCGCAAGUGGCGUUUAAGGUUUUAGGCAAGUUUGGAGGUGGGAAUAGGAAAAUGAUGAUUGAACCACAAAAACUCGAUUAUGUAUCGUCAGAUUAUGACCCACCAGCGAUUAUUGCAAAAUUCUAUGAUCAGGAUAAGACGAUCGAGUUUCCGGUUCAAAAGAUAAUUGAGACCGCCUUCAACGCCCUUAAACAAAGCAACACCGACUCGUUCUACCGGAAACAAGCCUGGGAAGUGAUAAAUUACUACCUUACCGCUUCUCGUAACCUCAGCGACGAUAAAAACAUCCUAAUCAAUCUUUUCCUUCACUCGUCAUUCCAGGACCCUAAAACCAUUCCUCAAGUAAAAGGUUCGGUCUAUAAGAGCAUUUAUAAGCAAGCACGUGAGACCCAUCAAACCGCCCUUACUGGUAUGUUCGUCGCUGCGGCGAUUAAAGAACUCCGUCAACCGGUGGUGGCCCUUAUGGUCGCCGUAGUUCGUCAUUACACCAUGGUGGCAGUGGCGCAACAAUCGGGGGCUUUUGCGUGCACCCCGAAACACAACGAACAAGUUGCGCUUGAUCCUCUUGUUCUAGUCGACGCUCUUGCUGUGAUAAUGGGGCACGAGGAGAAGGAGCUGUGUAAACCGGGUCAUGUGGGGCUUGUCUUGAUUCUCGAUACGGCAUCGACUCUACUCGGGAGUAAAGAAAUGGCGUGUCGGCUACCUUUAAUCGAAUAUUUAUCAGAGAAAAUGUGUGCACUUUGCUACGAGAGGGCGUGGUAUGCAAAAUUGGGUGGUUGUAUUGCGAUUAAUUUUAUGUUUGAGAGAUGUGCCCGAAAGUGGGUGUAUGAACACAUGUUUACGUUUUUAAAAGCGUUGCUUUUUGUUAUGAUGGAUUUGACGGGUGAAGUAUCGAGUGGGGCACUCGAUAUGGCGAAGAAUAAUCUCGAAAAGAUGUUGAAUGUUUGUGUGACGGAACCGCCAAAAGGGGCCGAUCAAGAAACACGUGAUUUGCAAAAGAAGGCGUUGCAUGAGGUCACACAUGAGUUGGUGAGACAAGUGACGAGUCCACAUACUAUGGUGAGAGAACAAUCGAUGCAUUCGUUGCGUUUAUUGGCCGAGAAACAGAACAAAUCAGUGACGUCGGUUAUGGAACCAUUCAAGGAGGUGUUAGCCGAUAUGGUACCACCGACUAAGCAUUUACUCAAGCAUCAACCGGCAAUUGCCCAAAUGGGGCUAAUGGACGGGAACCAAUUUUGCACCACUUUAAAUCCUCGACUUUUCACAAUCGAUCUAUCGAUAAAAGAACACAACUUGUUCAUACUCGACUUGCUAUCACUCUGUAAUAGUGAAGAUGUCAAAUUGAACACUUUUAGUUGUUACAAAAACAUUACCAAUUUUAUUCCAUUGAGAAAAUCUGCAUUACGUGUCCUUGCAGCGUGUCAUUACCUUGAAGAAGUCCGAGAACAAAUUUUCCAAGUGUUGUAUAAAGCAUUAGAAAAGCCCAACGCCGAAUUACAACAAACUGCAUUCGAGUGUAUGAGAGAUUUUCUCGCUGGAUACCAAGUCAACAAGGAUUUAGUCUAUCAAACUAUUAAACCGUUCCUUUUAACGUUGGGUGAUGCGAAAAAUUUGACACUUAAUGGUGUUAAAAUGCUGUCAUAUUUAACCCAAUUGUUUCCAUUGAAUAUCAACGAGAGUUUGUGUGAGCAACUUUUGGAACUUUUGAAACAACUACUGAAACAACUGCUCGAAAAUUUGACAAACAGUCAUAAAGUGUCGAACGGUGUUUCGAAGAAAGGCGAUGAGGAGCAAAAAAUCGUCACUAUUAUCGGAAUCUACCACCAAACACCAGCCGCCUCCUCGAAAUUUAUAAACCAGUUGUGUCAACUUAUUCUGCAAGCCGAGCAGGCUAUGUUAAUCGAAGCCAGUUCUCCGUUUCGGGAAGUUUUAAUGAAAUUUUUGUUACGUUAUCCUGGUGAUACUCUCGAUAUGUUUCUUGAUGAUACAUACAUUAAGGAUAAACAGUUUAGUCGUUAUCUUGAAUUUUUGAUUAAACACAAAGACGGGAAGAGUUUUCGUGAUUAUAUUCAAAAUAAUAUGGUUAAGAGAUUGAUUCAAAUGGCGCUUGCUAAUGUUCAUGUUAAUUAUACUCUAAGUGUGCAAGAACGUAACGAAUUGCAAUAUCAGAGUAUCAGGAUUAUUUCGUUGUUGAUUAAGUGUGAUGAUCAGUGGUUGUCGGAACAACAGGAGUUGGUGGAAGCGUUGAAACAGAUUUGGUGCGAUGAUGCGUAUCAGGAGAGACAUAAAAAUGUCGAUAAUUUGGACUAUCCGCAUUGGAAGGAGCCGAAGCUUUUAGUCAAGAUUCUUCUGCAUUAUUUCUGUUAUCAUCCGAAUAAUGUCGAUUUGUUAUUCCAACUCUUGAGGUGUUUAUGCCACAGGUUCAUACCGGAGUUUCAGUUCUUGAAAGACUUCCUCGCCAACACAGUGGCCCAAAACUACACCGUGGAAUGGAAACGCUCGGCUUUUUUCCGUUUCGUGAAACUCUUCCCCACCAACACCAUGUCACAAGAACUCAAAUCGAAAGUCCUCCAAUUCAUUCUAAUCCCUUGCUUUGCUGUCAGUUUCGAAAAGGGCGAAACCAACAAACUCGUCGGAGGGCCCCCAAUGCCCUAUCAAGACAGCCCCGACAACGUUGUCUCAGUCUUUAUCAACAAACUCAUCGAUCCUGAUAACCCCUUUCCCACAGCCGACUGUGUCCGAAUCGCUUUAUUACAAUUCUCGUGUCUUUUAGUCGAACAAGCGAGUCCACACAUCCACGACCAUAAUAAAACACAAAGCUCGAAAUUGCGACGUUUGAUGACAUUCGCAUGGCCGUGUUUAUUAGUCGAAAAUUGUUUCGAUCCAGCGACGAGAUAUCACGGUCAUCUUUUGUUAUCACACAUCAUUGAUAAGUUUGCAAUUCAUCGGAAAAUAAUCCUGCAAGUGUUUCAUAGUUUAUUGAAAGCGCAUGCGCUCGAAGCUAGGAAUGUUGUGAGACAAGCUUUGGAGAUUUUAACACCGUCGAUGCCUCUACGUAUGGAAGAGGGUAACACGAUGUUGACUCAUUGGACGAAGAAAAUCAUUGUUGAUGAAGGACAUUCAAUGCAACAAUUAUUUCAUAUUUUGCAACUAGUAGUCAAACAUUACAAAGUUUAUUAUCCUGUGAGGCACCAUUUGGUUCAACAUAUGGUGAAUUCGAUUCAAAGACUCGGGUUUAGUCCCACUGCCACUUUGGAACACCGAAAAUUGGCGGUUGAGUUAGCCGAGGUUAUAAUAAAAUGGGAAUUGUAUGGAAUUAAGGAGGAAAAUGAUGGUGAAACAGUCGAGAAUGUCCCAACGAAACGUUCAAAUUUCGAUGAUUCGCUCGAAAAUCAACGAAAAAGAUUAGCAGUGCAACCCUCAACGUCGUAUUCACCCACACCGGUGAUAAAACAGGAACCUGGAAUUAACAAACCUAUAGAUCGGGUUCACAUUGACACAGUUUUAAAUUUUUUGCUACGUCUUGCGUGUCAAGUCAAUGAUAGCACACCGCAAAACCCUGGUAAUCCGACUGCUAGCACCCCCGGCGAGUUACUCUCCCGUCGUUGUGUCAUCCUCCUCAAAACUGCCCUCAAACCCGAUUUGUGGCCCCAACCAAUCGACCUCAAACUCGCUUUCUUCGAUAAAAUCCUCACGAUUGAGGGACCCAACCCCAAUAUUGGUAAUGUCUGCACUGCACUUGAACUGUUAACUUAUCUUCUCACUGUAUUGAAGAAGGAGCAAAUUUUGGCGAGUUUUAAGCCGCUUCAGCGUGGUUUAAGUGCGUGUCUUACGUCGACUAAUAAUAAAAUAAUUAAACUUGUGCAUGGACUUUUGACCAAAUUGAUGACGUUGUUUCCGACUGAAAGGUCGAGUAAUACAGUGUGUAAAUAUGAGGAGUUGGAUAUUUUGUAUACGGCUGUUGGGAAGGAAAUUUUUGAAGGUUUGAAUAAAUAUGAAGCGAAUGCACAAGCGAAUUCAUCGAGUUUGUUUGGGACUAUGAUGAUUUUGAAAGCGGCCUGUGCGAAUAAUCAUUCGUAUAUUGAUUUGUUGAUUACGCCGUUUAUGAGAGUCUUGCAUCGGUUGGCCAAGGAGCAUUUGCAACCCACGUCGACGGAAUAUGCCGCAAUCAACAGCGAGCUUCUCAUCUUGAGCCUCGACCUUGUCAAAACCCGCGUCGUGGUAAUGGGCGUCGACAUGCGCAAAACCUUCAUUGGCACAAUUCUCGUCGGUCUUAUCGAAAAAACCCAAGACAUAAAAGUGAUGAAAGCAAUCACAAAAAUGUUGGAAGAAUGGAUGAAAUGUAAGAAUGUUGUAACUCUCAAUCAGGCACCAAGUCUUCGAGAAAAAUCAAUCCUUCUGGGAAAAAUGAUGCAAUAUGUUGAAAAACGUUUCCCGGAAGAUGCCGAUCUCAAUGCGCAAUUUUUGGAACUUGUUAGCUACGUUUACACUGACGUUAAUUUAAAAACAACUGAAUUGACUUCGAAACUAGAACCGGCGUUUUUGGCCGGUUUACGAUGCAAUCAGCCUCACAUUCGUGCAAAAUUUUUCAAAAUUUUUGACGAGUCAAUGAGACGACGUUUACACGACCGGUUACUAUACAUAGUGUGUUCGCAAAAUUGGGAAGCCAUCGGUCAACACUAUUGGAUUAAACAAUGCAUUGAAUUGUUACUCGUGACUGCAGUUCCUGAUACUUGUAUACAGAUGGCGCACGAAAGUAGUAUUUUACCCAGUAUCACUUCUGUGAUUAAUUCACCAGAAAAACGUGAAGAAUUCAGCAGUAUGCAAAUUGAUAAUCCAAAUUUCUACACCACGACUGAAAUCAAAGAAGAAGUGUUAGAUUUAGACUUGUCAAAUGUCGAGUCCAAUCCACCAAUUGAGGAAAAACCCAUCGAUCGAGCUGAAACAAUUUCGAAAAUGAUUAAAAAACAUUAUGAGUUUAUUGAGGUUAGUAGAAACGUCACUACUGAUCAGUUUCUACUAGCCGCCUCACAAUUAUGUCACAUGGAUACGAGUCUUGCCGAACAAGUCUGGCUCCAGUUUUUCCCCCGAAUUUGGGAAAUCCUCGAAGAGGACCAACGCAAUAUUCUCGUACAAGAAAUCCUCCCGUUUAUCACCUCCGGUACUCACAUAAUCCAAAAAGAUUGUCACCCGAGCGCAAUUAACACUUUCGUGGAGGCGUUAAGUCGGUGCAACCCCCCGAUUCAAAUCGCCCCGCCCCUUAUGAAAUACCUCGGGAAAUCACACAAUCUCUGGCAUCGUAUGGCCUUAGGACUUGAACAAAUGGCCUUUGAUCCGGCUUCAACCAAAGCCACCAAUACCAGUUGUUAUGAUUUCGAGACCGACCAAUCAAAAAACGAGCUUCUUGAUUCGUUGGGUGAGCUAUACUCGCUUCUAUGUGAGGAGGAUUUAUGGGCGGGGCUUUGGCUCAAACACGCCCAUUAUAAGGAAACUAGUAUUGCGAUUGCGUAUGAACAACAUGGGUUUUUCGAACAAGCACAAAGUGCGUAUGAUUCAGCAAUGGCUAAACACAAACAGGAUAAUUCAAUGGGACCGGUGCCUACACACACCCAGAGGGAGGUGUUAUUAUGGACUGAGAGGUGGAUCCGGUGUACGAAGGAAUUAAACGAGUGGAAUGUUUUAAUGGAGUAUGCGAAAAAUGGGGUUUAUGAUCCGUAUUUGUUAUUGGAGAGUGCUUGGAGGAUACCCAAUUGGGAUAUCAUGAAGGAGGUGUUGAGUAAUGUUGAGUAUAAUUGUCCCAAAGAGUUGGGAUGGAAGAUUACCAUGUAUGGUGGUUUUCUUUUAAUAUGUCAACCUGAGGAGAGUAAACCGUUGAAAUUCGUCGAGAGGUAUGUUGAGAGUGCUAGCGCCCUCUGUCUCAACGAGUGGCGCCGCCUACCGCAUAUUGUUAGCCACAUCCAUUUGCCCUACCUUCAAGCCGCCCAACAAAUAAUGGAGUUGCAAGAAGCCUACCAGAUCCAUAAAGGUCUCCUUCAAGGACACCAAAACUCACUUCACGAUAUGAAAGCCAUUGUGAAAACAUGGCGGAAUCGACUUCCGGUAAUCGCCGAUGAUUUGACACACUGGAAUGAUAUUUUCACGUGGCGACAACACCAUUAUCAAGUCAUCGUGAAUCACUAUGAGUCGAUCAGGGAUACCAAUAAUACAAAUUCAAUGUUGGGCAUACACGCAUCAGCUCAGUCGAUAAUUCAUUUUGGGAAAGUUGCACGAAAACACAAAUUGGUUAGUGUUUGUUUAGAGUCACUAAAUCGGAUUUAUUCAAUUAAAAGUGUCCCGAUUGUCGAUUGUUAUCAAAAAAUUCGACAGCAAGUUAAGUGUUAUCUACAGUUGGCAUCAAUGAAUAAUAAAAAUGAACUUCAAGAAGGUUUAGAAGUGAUUAAUAACACCAAUGUGAAAUAUUUUGCGAAAGAACUCACCGCUGAGAUUUAUGCACUUAAAGGGAUGAUUUAUCACUUAAGUAACAAGUCCGACGAGGCCAAUAAGGCGUUUAGUGCAGCUGUACAAAUGCAUGACACUUCGAUUAAAGCUUGGGCUCUCUAUGGUGACUAUUUGGAACAAGUUUUUACACGUGAUGCACGUCAAAUCAAUUUGGGUGUGAACGCAAUGGCGUGUUUUUUGCACGCUUGUCGACACCAAAACGAAUCAAAAGCACGCAAAUACUUGGCGAAAGUUUUAUGGUUGUUGAGUUACGACGACGAAAAUUCGAGUUUAAUGGACGCUUUGGAUAAAUAUUCAGUCGGGGUACCCCCCAUUUUGUGGUUACCGUGGACACCACAGUUACUCAAUUGUCUAGUGCAGUAUGAAGGUCACGUGAUUUUGAAUUUGUUGUGUCAGGUUGGUAGAAUGUUUCCCCAAGCUGUGUAUUUCCCAAUCCGUACACUAUACUUGACGUUACGUACCGCAACGGCGCGUAAAACAAACACAGUCCAGCAACAAUCGCAAGAAACCGAUCAGGGUAACCAACAGGAGAGUGGUAACACUGCUACAAUUACCACUAGUGAAACAUCAUCGAUUAAAGCAACGCCGGCUAUGAUUCGUUGUUCGAAAAUAAUGAAAAUGCAACGUGAUAUUCACACAACCGCCCUUUCGAGUCUUGAAGGGAUAGCCAAUCAAAUGGAGUGGUUUAGAGAGAAUUGGUACGAGGAGGUUUUAAGACAAUUGCGACAAGGUUUGACUAAAUGUUAUGCAAUUGCGUUCGAGAAUAGAGAAAGUGUGAAUGAGGCUAAAAUAACACCACAUAUAUUAAAUUUUGUGAAGAAAUUAAUGUCGACUUUUGGGAUCGGUGUCGAGAAUAUUGGAUCAGUGGUGACGUUUAAUUCAGCCGCGAGUGAGAGUCUUGCUAGGAGGGCUGAAGCCACCUAUCAGGAUCCAGUUUUCAAGGAAAUGAAACAGGAUUUUACCAAGGAUUUUGAUUUUUCGCAAACGAAUUCGAUGAAGUUGCAUACGUUAAUCUUCAAAUUGAAGAAAUGGAUCAAGAUUUUGGAUAAUCGGUCCAAGAUGUUGCUUCAAUCGUUCCUAAUCGAGGAGAAAUGUCGUUUCCUCUCGAACUUCACUCUCAAGACUGCUGAAGUGGAAAUCCCCGGCGAAUUUCUCCUCCCCAAACACAAUCACUAUUAUGUUCGUAUUACUCGUUUUAUGCCUCGUGUCGAUGUAGUCCAGAAACACAAUGCUGCCGCUCGACGUCUCUACAUCCGUGGCCACAACGGUAAAAUCUACCCUUAUUUAGUGGUCAACGAUUCGGGUCUUGUCGAUGCUCGUCGUGAAGAACGAGUCUUGCAACUUCUACGCAUGCUCAAUCAUUGUCUCGGUAAACAGAAAGAGACAGCACGAAGAUUUUUGCAUUUUACUGUUCCACGAGUCGUUGCUGUAUCCCAACAAAUUCGAUUGGUUGAGGAUAACCCCGCCUCCAUCUCCCUAUUGGACAUUUUCAAAAAGGGGUGUGCCAAGUUGGGUAUUGAGCAUGAUGAUCCCAUUCAUUACUACUACGAGAGAUUAGGUGGGGUGCAGAGUAGGGGUAUAAAAGCGAGUCAUCAAUUGAGUAGGGAUAUUUUGAAAGGGGUACAAACGAAUAUGGUACCAAGGACGUUAUUGAAACAAUGGGCGGUGCAAACAUUCCCAUCAGCGACUGAUUAUUGGCAAUUUAGGAAAAUGUUUACGUUACAAUUGGCGUUGGCUUGUUUUGCUGAGCAUGUGUUACAUUUGACGAGACUUAAUCCCGAUAUGAUGUAUUUACAUCAGGAUUCGGGAUUAAUGAAUGUGGCCUAUUUUAAAUUUGAUGUGGAUGAUGGGACUGGAGAGUUUGGGGCGACUAGAUCGGUGCCGUUUCGAUUAACACCGAAUAUUGUUGAGUAUUUGUCGAGUAUUGGGAUUAGUGGGCCGUUGACAGCAUCGAUGAUUGCAACAGCGAGAUGUUUUGUUUAUCCGAAUUUUAAAGUGAUGGCGAUUUUAAAACCGAUUUUGAGAGAUGAAAUGGUUUUGUCGAGGAUGAAGAAGCCGGAAGAAGUGAUAGGGAAUAAUACGGAGAAGUUGAGCGAUAGUGAACAGAUUAUUAAUAUGGUGAAUAAGGCGGUGACGUCGAUCUCGAGUCGUUUGAAUAGUUUGGCGCAUUUCGAUGGAGCGGAUAGUAAGGUUUCAACUCUUGUAAAUGCAGCAAUCAGUCACGACAACUUAUGCCGGAUGGACCCAGCAUGGCAUCCCUGGCUGUAAACUUUAGUAUUAUUUACUUUUAAAGUGAUAUUUUUGGUAAAAAUAAAAUGUUAA